AUCGCCAUUUCUUUUCAUUUCUGUCAUCAACGUUCAAACAAUAUGAGAAUGUCACUAAUGGCUUCGACCUUGUGGCGUUCCCGUUUCAGGACCCUUUAUAUUCCCAACGCGCUCGUUUUAUUCUCUUCCUCCGCCGCCACCGUUACCCCACCUAACAAAAAUGAUUCGCUAUCGAAUGCACCCUCUCCGCCUCCGAUCCGAGUUGCACUUACCGAGUCAGCUGGUAGAGGUGUGUUCGCCACUCGGAGAAUCGGUGCCGGAGACACCAUCCACACUGCUAAACCCAUCGUAUCUUAUCCGUCUCUCUCUGCUAUUAACACUGUGUGUUACUUUUGCCUAAAAAAGAUGAGAACUGUUACUGGAUCCCAACCUCAAGGUGUUUGCUUUUGCUGUGAAAAUUGCAGAGAAAGCUCCAAGGUUUUUUAUGACGUUGAGAAGAAAGCAGAUUGGCUAUCAUUUGAUGAAUACUGCAGGACCCAAGGUCUGAAAUUUCCCCUUUUGGUGAAGCGGUUAGCUUGUAUGGUCAUAUCAGGAGCUGCACCUGCUGGUAUUCUGGACAUACUUCAACCAGCUAGCUUAACUAGAGAGAUGAUUUUAAAGACAGAAGAGGGAUUCCAUUUACUAAGAAAUGCUUUGGUGAAGUCAAAUAUUGGAGAUGAACAUACAUCUUUCUUAACAAAACAAUGGUACACCGAUGUGCUUGCACGAAUUCAUAUCAAUGCUUUUCGUAUUGAAUUGGCUGCAGGUGCAUAUGAAGAUCUUCUUUCAUUAGCUUCAGCCUCCAUUGAAGCUGAAGCUGCAGUUGGAAACGCUAUUUACAUGCUUCCAUCCUUUUACAACCAUGAUUGUGAUCCAAACACACACAUCGUGUGGAUAGAGAAUGCUGAUGCAAAACUGAAGGCGCUCAGUGACAUCGAUGAAGGUGAAGAGCUUCGGAUAUGUUACAUCGACGUCAGUAUGAGUUAUGAUGCUAGACAAAGUCUCUUGUCUCAAGGUUUUGGUUUCAAGUGUAAUUGCCUGAGAUGCUUGUCUGGUGAUUAAGGGGUCUACCAUAUUCACUCUCAAAUUAAACUUAAUCACUCUUCCAUGUUUGCUCGGCCUUGGCUGG